AUGUUUACUGCCGUUGUUUGCUCUGCUAGUUAUCAUGUAUAUUUUAUUUUAUUUUUAAUUUUUCUCUCAUGGAUCGCACACAGAAGUGAAGAAAUGCCGGAGCCUGUCGUUUGUGCCACGCAACAAACAGGUAUCGAUGGAAGCAACCACGUCAAUAAAAGUAUUUGUUUUUUGGAGGUUUUUCUCUCCAUGUAUGCCUUGAGAUGCAAAGAGUUUGCCAUAGAAAUGAACCCUUGUGCGCUUCAGGCUGCCGUCGCGAUGCAGGACGCUGUUGAUAUUGCGAAAAGGGAUCUGUCUGAUUCUGAUAUAACUACAAGAGGGGUUACGUACAAGCUCAACGCCGUACCUCUUGGCGUCAGUGGCUCGCAAGCACUUUUUCCAGCUUUUGCCUGUAUGCCUCUUGUAAAGCUCGAUCUCAAUGACUGUUAUUUGGGCGAUGCAGGCACACGCACCCUUGCAGAGGUGAUGAGCACAAGUUCUCGCUGUGGGAAUAUGAUACGUGACAUUCAUUUAAGCGGUGUGGGCAUUGUUGAUGCCUCUUCGUUGACAUGUGUUAUGACUGCAGCACAUCAACUAGAGCUGUUGGACGUGUCUCGCAACAGAAUUGGUACACAACCGCACGGGGUUGGCGGUGUUGUGUGCGUCGAUGCACCACCACAAAUCAUUACGCGAGGUGAAUUUGGGUGA